GGGAACUUUAGUGGAUUAUCUUCCCCUGUCUAGCAGGUGCCCGUAAAGGUGGCGCUGUUGUCGAAUAGGUCUAUUGUUCUUUCCAAUUGUUUACUUCCGCAUAUUUUGACAAGCGAUUAACCGAGUUAGACACAAUCUUUUACAAUAAUUUUAUGAUAGUUUAUACGAUAAGUCUUAAACUAUGGCUUCACAAUUUAGCAGUUUAUCUUUAGGACAACUUCGCACAGAAUUAAGAAAGAGAAAUGCAAAGUUAUCUGGACGAAAAAAGGAAUUAAUCGAGAGACUUGAAGCAUAUGAUCGCAAUCAGAACUUUAACAACUGCGAGGAGCUUAUGCCAGAGUUUCGAAUGCAAAUUCCAGCCACCAGUUGCUACAAAGAUGUCAACACCGACAUGAAGAUGGCCCCGUUUGACCGUGAGCAGGCGAAUGCAUAUAUGGAACGGUUUGGAGUUGAGUUCGACCAAGUGGUGACUUCUUUGUAUGGUGACAAGUUCUUGUUGUACCUUAGGAUGUUUUCUUCAGAAAAGUUGUGCUAUGUAAAAAGUUCAUGUAGGGCAGAAAUGAAAAAGAAAAUUGAUUAUGUCGUUGACAUUACAUUCACCAAACAUGGCUUUGCGCAUGAGGCACAGUGUGAAUGUGGUGCUGGUGAAGCUAUUCUUUGA